AUGGCUACUACUACGUCCUCCGUCACCAUCAACUUCUACGGCGAGCUCCGCCAGCUCUGGGUCGAGAUAAACUCCCACUGCGAGAGACUCCAUCUCCUCGACUCCACUACCCGCGUGUUAUCCGCCUGUAUCGAAUGCAAGAUUACGCCCUACGGGAUGGUUCCGCUUGAUAUUGACGGGCUCGAGAAUGCAGACGAGUACGUUAUGCAGUUGGUAGUUGAAGCUUACCGUGAGAAGAUAUGUGGUCCAGAGUUCCCCGUCGGCCCGAUCAUCUCGUUCGUUGACUCAGUCCGCAUGAUGUGUGAGCCUGUGAGUGGAUCCGCGCAGGUGCAUAUUACGGCUAUUGCGGUUCCACGCAGCAGCCUGAUGCUGCGGCCGCUGGCGGCUACUAGGUUCUGGAUCGCGGCGUUCCCUUGCUAUGAGGAUGCCAUGUGCUAUGUGCAGGACGGCUUGAACUUGGGAAGCUUAGUGGAAGACGCACGGUUACAAGUGCCAGAUUGA